UCUCGUCUGGAGUCCAAGCUUAUAAGCCCUAGCAUCUACCUGAUUAAUCAACCUUCGCAUUUACAAGUACAUAUACAUCUAACAUCUCGAGCCUCAUCCUCUUAAGCUCACUCAAACAUAUCAGAUUGAAAGCAGCAGCAGCAAACAUGGCGAUCGACAAAUCAGCAAUCGAAACACUAAAGACCAAGCUCUCACCAACCUCCGAAAUCGUCCCCCCGGACUCAGAGAAGUAUGCAGACAGCAUCAAAAGAUGGUCCGCUGCUGCCGAGAAACCUGCUGGCCUAGUCGUAUACCCCACCACCGCCGCCGACGUCUCUCAAAUCGUCCUCUUCGCCAAAGAGAACAACAUCGAGCUCGCCACCGUAGGCGGCGGUCACGGGACGAGCGGCGCUGCGUCGACGGAUGGAGGGGUCUGUAUCGAUUUAUCGAAGAUGCGGAAAGUGACCGUGGAUCCGGAGGCGAAGACUAUUACGGCUCAGGGAGGAGCGCUCUGGCGAGAUGUUGAUGCGGAAGCGGAGAAGUACCAGAUGGCGACUGUGGGAGGGACUGUUAAUCACACCGGAAUCGGUGGUCUAACUCUCGGCGGCGGCUACGGCUUCCUCUCGCCCGCCUACGGGCUGGUAAUCGACAACCUUCUCUCCGUAGAAAUGGUCCUCGCCGAUGGGACUAUCGUCACCGCAUCCGACACCUCUCACCCAGAUCUCUUCUGGGCCAUCAAAGGAGCAGGCAUUGGCUUCGGCGUCGCAACAACCUUCAUCUACCGCGCCCACUCCCAAAAAUCGCCCGUCUGGGGCGGCCUGAUGAUCUUCCCGAAACCUCACCUCGGCGCCGUGAUCCAGAUGGCGAACACCGUCGUGCAGGAAUCGGAACCAGGACCCGUGAUGCUCAUGGGUUUCGCGGCCCUCCCGCCAACGUGCCAGCCCGUCAUCCUGGCCCUCGUGUGGUUCAACGGCUCCGCGGACGAGGCGGAGAAGUACUAUAAGUCGCUGCUGGAUCUCGGGCCGUUGGUUAAUACCGCGAAAGAGAUCCCGUACUCCGAAUCCAACACUUUGGCCAAUGGACCCUCGGCCCACGGCCUCCGGCGCACGAUGAAGGGGUCUGCAUUUCUCGCUCCGCUCGAGCUGAGCUUCGCGGACACGAUAUGGGAUGAGUAUAUAGCGUUUAUUGAGAAGGUGCCGGAUGCGCAGGAGACGCUGGUGAUGUUCGAAUUCGUGCCGUUCAAGAAGAUCCUCGCGGUUCCGCAGACGGCGACCGCAUUUGCGAAUCGGGGCGCGUAUGGGAAUAUCCUGCUGCAGCCGACGUGGAGGGACAAGGUGAAUGAUGGGGUGUGUAGGGAGUGGACGAGGGCGGUGAGUAGGAUGGCGAGAGAAGAGUUGGAGAGGAGAGUGGGGGAGGGGACGGAUGAGGUUACGAAGAGCGGGGAGGGCGAGUAUGGGAAUUAUGAUUCGCUUGGUGCAUCGGGGAAGACGGUUUUUGGGGUUAAUUUCCCGAGGUUGGUGGAGUUGAAGAAACGGUAUGAUCCUCAGAAUGUCUUCUGCAAAGGGCCGAGUCUGCAAGAGUAGGCCUUGAUCUUGUUCACGGGCAUUUUUUUGGCCCGUUUUGUAGAACGGACACAUAUGCGUUGGUACAAGAGCUAGAAUAUAUUGGCCUCUUCAACUUCUUCAAUCAAGCCUCGAAUAGUAUAAAAUACCUAUACCUAUACCUAUUCAUCGCUAAACACCCUCGCUUAACCUUCCUCCUAUUGCUUAUGAAAAAAAAAUUCUCA